AAGUGCAUUUUAAAGAAAUCUUUCAAAAUUAUUAGUAAGUUUUCGUUCAAUUUAGGCGCUCUUUUGGUAACAAAUUGAAACAGCUGAGCAAUUAGUAUGGCUUCUAUGGGAAAGAGGACGCUACUAGUACGUCGAUUGAUAAACCUGCAAGGCAUGCUGUGGCGAGCAGAAGCUACGCGGUCGGGUUGUCUGCCAAAUUUUCCAUAUCCGAGCCAGAUUAAUUUGUCGCGCCAUCAGAUGGUUAAGGCGCGUCCAGCGCCCGUUAUCUACAAUAAUGCCAUGAAGGAGUUGCCAGUGAAGCGCGCGAAGGCGAAGCUGAUCAAAAUGAAGGCGGCGCUGUCGCAGGGCGUGUCGACGUCCGUGGACAAGGAGGAGGAGGAGGAUCUUGGACAGGACAAAGCCUCAGAGCAGUUGAAAAAUAAUGCCAGGAAGGAAGAAGAUGGUGCGGAAAAGCAGAAAUUACUGCAACAACAGCAGCAGCAACAGCAGCAGCAGCAGGAACAGCUCGAGCUGCAGAAACAGCAGCUCCGCCAGCAACAACUGCAGCAACUAUUGCAGCAACAGCUGCAGGUGCAACAGGAGCAAGUGCAGAUGCAGCUCCAGCAACAGCUCCUGAAGCAGCAACAAUUUGAGCAGCUGCAACGCGAGCAACAGCAGCAGGAGGAGCUGCAAGUGCAGCAGCACCAGCAACAGCGGCAGCAACAGCUACAGUUGCAGCAGCAGCAGCAUGUGCAACAGGAGCGCCAGCAGCGUCUGCAGCAAAAUCUUCAACAGCAGCGACAGCAGCACGAACGGCAACAAAGGCUGCAGCAACAGCGUCAGGAGCAGCUACAACAGCAACGGCAACAGCAGUACGAGCACUUGAAACAGCAACAGCAGCAAUUACAGCAGUUGCAGCAACAGCAACUGCAACACCAACUGCAAUUGCAGCAACAUCAGUUUGAGGAGCAACAGCAAAAGCUGCAGCUGCAACAGGAGCAGCAACCGCGUCAUCAGCAGCCGUCUCGUAACCGGUACAAGAGCAUCCUGGCCAGGAAGCAGCUGAAGUCCAAGGCCAUGGCCAUUGCAGUGGGUGCCGUCAAGGAUAAGAAGGACGAUCAGAACAAGCAACAGCAGCCUCUUCAGCAGCAGAAGCAGCAGCAACAGCAACAACAACAACAGCAACAGCAGCCCGAAGAAGCCGUUUACGCUGCCAGCGAGUUGCACCAAAAGGGGAAGCGUAAGUUCCAAUUCGGUCAGCCCAAGUUCAUUCCGUACAAGGCCCAGGGCUUGAAGGAUAUGAAGUCGCUGAUCUUUUAUUCUCGUGAUCAGUAUGAGAGCCCGGAGCAGUCCGCAAAACACAAGCCACACAAGCACUACCGCCCCUUCAAUGUCAUGGGCGGGGUUCCAAAUCCGACCGACUUUGCCAGCUACCUCAAUUAUACGGACUAUAUCAGUGACUAUGGCAACGGUGGCAACAGCAACAACUUCGGUGCCAAUGCAAGUGGUGGUAGCAGCAAGGACAAUACGGCUGUUGGCGAGAAGCUAAGUGCUAUAGACGAGCUGCACAGGCAGCGCGCGGCCGAGCUGGACGCUCAGAGAGCGAUGAGAAUGAACAAGGAGUCGGCCAUUCACAAGAUCUGGAAUAGUGCCAACAGCCUGGCUGGCAACUUCAACUUCAACAGCAACGGCGGCAAUGCCGGCGGUGUCAGCAGCAACUUCGACAGUUGCAACAUGAACAUGAACAUUGUCAGCAACAAGAAGUACCAGCAGCAGCAGCAGCAGCAGCAACAGCAGCAACAACAACAAACCAUGAACACCGACAGCGAUGACGAUGACAAUGACGACGACGAUGACGACAACGAGGCCGAUAACAGCAGCAAUCGCGGCCACUGAGUCGAUAUUGGCUGUCUGUUGGUAACCCCAAAUGAGGAAGAACUUCCCAUUGUAGAUAGAUUCUUGAUUUGUUAGCAAUAUGUGUAAUAAAGGCUUUUGUAUUUGGACACGUGAA